ACCCAAAGUCUCUAAGAACCAACUACCCGGACAGGACAAGAAAAAUCCCACCACCAGAAGCCGAAAAGCAUUUAAUGACAAUCCAAACCAAAUCGACAGCAUCGUCGUCAAAAGAUUAGAUCGCAUGGAACAACAACUUCGGUCUAGGAAGCUGGCUAUGGAACAACAACUUCUAGACUUU